AUGACCUCAUCCCCGCCGGCGGCCCCGCCCUCCGCCCCGGGCCUGUCACUCGCGGCCGAGCGCGGCGGCCCAGCCGGCUCCGCGCCCCCCGCCCGGACGCCGGAGCCCGAGCCGCGCCGGAGCCGCACCGGCCGCGCCCGCCGAGCCCGGGGGGUGGGAUGCGCGCCGCGAGCGCGCGUGCCCGUCCGCAGUGCGCGCGCCCCGGCCCGAGCGAGCGCUCCCCGCGGCGGCGGCGGCGACGGCGGCGACGGCGACGCGGCCCGCGCGCUCCCCCGGCCCCUGCCCCGGCUGCGCGGGCCCCCGCCGGGCCCAUGGGCGGCGCGGCCGAGCGGGCGCGCUGAGCGGGCGCGGGUCCCCGUGCGCCCCGGACACGAGCGACGGCGAGGCCCUGCCCCCACAGUGGAGGAGCCCGAGUGCCUGCCUGGGGAGCAGGGUGUCUGGCCAUCAUCACUGAAGUAUGACAAGUGUCCUCAGGGGGCCCCACCACAGCAGAAGCUGCAGGUGCCACCCAUCCACCCCACCCAGGGACCUCCCAGCCCCCAGAAGGGUCCCCCUAGGCCUCAGGACUUCACUGUGCCCGGAGCACACCCGUGCUGCCACCCCCAUCCCACGAGCGUGUGGCGCACUCCUGCAGGGGGACAGACACUGGCCCCACAUGGCACACGCUCAAGCUCGCUCUGCAGAACUGGGACAGUGGCCGUGGCAGAGGAGCCCCGCCUCCACUCCCAGACCCCUCCAGCACCUGCCCUGGCACCUGCCUCAGGAACCCACGGACUUGUGGAGGCAGCCCCAAUGCCACCCCCGUUCCUCGGGGCCAGAUUAUCAGCUUAUGGAGAGAUUGUGCAGCAUGGGGCCACAGAGGGAGGGUCUGGCACCAUGCCCGGUCCCUCCGAACUCUAA